AUGGGUCGUGCAAAGCCAAUUGCCCAAAAUCUCCUUGCCGACCUCCCGACUGAUGCUGAUGUUGUGCCAUCCCAACCAAUGCCCCCACCAAAACCAAAAAGAAUCAAGAAGGCCCAGCCUAAGGCCAAGGCUGUUGAGGCUGAGGAUAGCUUGCCUAUCUCAAAACUGGCUGAGAGUAAGAAAACUUCUUCUGCUCCUGCAAAAAGGUCUGCCGAGACCCAGCCCUCUGAGUCCACCCAAUCAAAGAAGCCGAGGUCUGCCUCAGCUACAACUUCGGGGUCCAAGAAACCCGAUAUCCCCUGGGCACCAAAGUUGACUUUGGAGGAUAGGCCAAUUAUGUCAAUUGAGAGUGCCGACGACAUUAAUGUCGGUGUCGCCCUCAGUACUGCUCUUCUCCUUCCAAGUGAUCUGGAGCGAAAUGCUGGGUACAGCGAGUACGAAAACUACGCGCUAAUGCUCCAGCACUCCGUUCAAAUGAAGAAAUUGAAAGAUCAGGCCGAGGCCGCUACUAAGGCCCAGCAAAUAGCCAAAGAAAAAGCAGAGUCUGUUGAGGCUAUUAGAAAAGUUGCUGAAGCUGAAAAGGAGGAGUUUAAAUCGAAAAUGGCUCAGGCUAAGAAAGAGCUUCAAAAGGCUCUGGCCACAAAAAAAGCUGAAAUCGAAGAAGCUGAUGAGAAGGCCUAUGCCCAGGAUGACUCGCCGUUGCGCAAUGCUGAAGCUGUUCCGCUCCCAUGUCCUCCUCUUCCACCUCCAAGUCAGGCUGAAGAAGAAUCUGAGUCUGAGCUUGAAGCCGAAGAUGAGGAUAAUGAUGACGGUGAUGCUCUAGUAAGGAAGCCCAAGGACGCUGGUGAGAUCCAAUCUCUUCCUCAGGAUGAUCAAAUCCUAGACCUGACUCACGAAGAGGAUGAGGAGGCUAUUAAGGAGGCUAUUAAGGAGGCUACUCCUGAACAAGCAUCAUCUGACGUCCCUCCUACCGAUGAUAGUCUUAAUCAAACACUUGCCGAAAUUGAUGCCGAGAUCAUGGCCGAGAAGGCUGCCGAAGUAGCUUUUCAAGAACCCGCCGAGGUCCAAAUUCAAAUUGCUCCUGAUGCUGAAGAACCAUAA